AUGUAGGAUGGAGGGGGAAAGGGAGGGCAAUCAUCCUUCAUUCCAUUCCAGAAAGGAAUUUUUAACAGGUAAGAAUGAGAAGGUAACCUGUUUGCGAGGCUACGCUGAGUUUCACCGAGGCAGCGCGCCCGUGCUGGGCGAAAGAAUGUAGUCUCUUAGGAAGGGUGUUUCGUUAUUGGCCGGGAGAAUCUUUUAGGUUGUGUUGUUUUUUGCCCUAUCCCAUAGUCGGACUUCGUGUCUCCUCGGCCUGCUAGUUAGACGUGCUAGUGCCGGCAAGCGAUUCGGAUCGUUGGAAGUGGUGCUACGAAAAAAAAUGUAGGCUUGUGUUUUCACUGUGUUAAUAAACGUGUAUGUCAGAGCGUUUGGAGAAAGUAGAAAAUGUGAUACCUAUAACGACGACGCAUAAUGAGACAGACACACGUGAUUAUUUUCUAAAUGCAGCUAUUUAGCAAUUAAAACUUGAUUCUUACAUUUCUUAAAAUUUAGUGUGUGUAAUUAAUUGAAUAAAUAUAAAAAAAAUGUGUAUAACAUGACUUUUGACUGCUGUUUGCGUGUUAGUUUGAGCUCAGAUUGUGUAUCAUCGGACGUGUGCCGUAACGACGACUGGUGACGGUGCUGUAGUUACUGCCAGAGGAUUCUCAAUAGGAAGACUGUAGGGAAUAGUUUCAUCACAAUGGUUUUAUUCUCUACGACUUUGUUCAAAUUGGGAUUACAGCAUUUACAGACGCCUACAUCGUCUCCAGAAAUCGUGCUGAACUAUAACGGCUACAUUUUGGAAACGUGCAUAAAAGGCCGAGGACGCAGCUGCUAGUCGGGAUGUAGUAGCAGCAUGCGUAGUCGCACUGUGAGUGCUCCAGUGCUGACCAUCACGACCCCGCUCCCGAGCUCCAGCAAGAAGUACGUGGCCGUCGAGCUGCUCACCAGGCAGGCGCUCUACUUCGUCGUCGAGGCCAAGUCCCGCUCCAGAGAACUGUACUCCGAGGCGUGCGCCCACCUCAGUAGCCAGGGCAUGGUGGACUGCGAGCUGUUCGGGCUGACCGUGAUCUCAGAUGGAGAGUACCUGUUCGUUGAUCCUGAGAAUAAACUGUCGAAGUACGGACCCAAGAACUGGAAGUCCUCUUCGUCCUACGGGCUGGACAGUUCUUUGAAACCAACUCUAGUCCUGUAUUUACGAGUUCAGUUUUACGUCGACUCACCGUUGCUCCUAAGGGAUGAGACGACCAGGCACCACUACUACCUGCAGCUGCGCCACAAUGUUUUGUGCCGAGGCGCGCUUCACGCACGCGCGGCCGGGGAGGCUCUCCUGUACCUGCUGGCCGGGCUCGCUCUGCAGGCCGACCUGGGCGACCACCGAGACGAGCUCCACGCCGGCGCCUACUUCCAGCCCUCCGAGUACUUUCCCGCCCAGAUGCUGUGCGGGGACGAGAAGGUGCUGCUGGCGGCGGCGGCGGCGCUGCACAGGGGCAACCACGGGGCGGGCCGGGCCCAGGCCGAGCUGCAGUACAUCCGCGAGGCGGCCUCGGCCGAGGCCCCGCCCCUCUCCCUCAACUCCCACCUCUACCGGCUCAAGCACAGGAAGCAGGAGGCGGGCCUGGGCUCCGUGUGGCUGUCCGUCUGCGCCGAGGGCAUCCGCAUACACGAGGAAAAUUCAACAAAAACUCUGACGGCAACAUUUUUAUGGAACAACAUAGGAAAACUCUGCUUUGAUAGGAAGAAGUUUGAGAUCAGGGCCAACAACUCGGCGGGCGAGAAGCUCACGUACUUCACGAGCAGCGACGAGAAGAGCAAGCACCUGCUGUUCCUGUGCCGCCUCACGCACCAGUUCAGCAUGGCCAUCCAGCCGCGCGUGUGCGAGGCCCUCCGCAGGGAGGAGGAAGAGAGGCAGCACUACCGCGACUGCUGCGGGCAGUUCCCGGCGCUGGCGGGCAAGGCCUGCAAGGGCCAGCCGGGCGAGCAGCGCACCUCCGUCAUCAGCAGCACGUCGUCCAACACCACGUCGGGCAUCGUGUCGGACCGCGUGCACAGCCUGGACGAGAGCGAGGACGACCUGGAGGACGCCGAGAUCAUGAUCGACUGCCCCCCGGCGGCCUCGGUCGAGUCCCUGGCCCUGGCGCACCUGCGGGACGCGGCGCCCUCCCCCGCCCUGGCGCCCGACGUGGACGCGGUGGACGGCUGCUCCCCGCCGCUGGUGCCCCCCAGCAGCAGUGCUGCCACGCCGGCCACCACGGACGGCAGCCAGUGCUCCAGCUCCUGCUCCACGGUGGUCGUGGCCGCGAGCACCGCCCUACACGUCCCCAAGGCACCCAUCUGCGAGAGCCAGGAAGCGUCGCGUCGCCAAGCCAGCACGAGCAGCAGUCUAGAGCUGGGAUACAGCCACACGGCGCAGAACUCUGCCGUGUCGGAGACGACCAGCGCGUCCUGUGCGGAGCUGGACUACUCCGUGCAGAGCGCGCAGACGAGCAGCGGGAUAUACACGCUGCGCAGCUCCUGCGACACCACGGAGGGGACCAACGCGUGCUCGUCCGAGACCAGCGGCGUGUACGUGGCCGACAACAGCCGCCAAGGCUCCUACUCCAUCGCCAACACGUCCGUCUCCUCCGACUGCAACGUCGUCAUGCGCGAGCGAAGCAACAGCUGCGCCGAGUCCACCGUCAGCGCGUCGGGGAGCUUUCGCGGCGACGGCAGCGACCCUUCCGACGCCGGCCAUCGCAACUUGCUGACGGCCGAAGAACUCUCGGACCUGAUAGUCGGGCGGGGAAGCGACAGUGCGCACGCGAGCGGAGUUUACCCCUCGCAUGCAUCCAUUAGUGCCAACCUUGAUCUGGACGGUGACUACGUGACUUUACCACCGCCGCCCAUGCCACCCCCGAGAAGAGACAAAGACAUGGGCUACGCCGUCCUGGAUACGAGCCGGAUCCACCCCGUUGUACAGGCACCUCUGAAUCGUUGUUCUGAUGACGCUGGCAUCGACAGGUUUCCUCUGCUAUCUUGCUAUUCGACAAGAGCUUCGUCCCAGCAGAAUCUCUCGUCCCAGCAACUCCACUCUUUCACCGUGGAGUCUUCGUCACGCAGGUUGCCACGAGAUCCGAUGUCGAGGGCCCAGAAAGCCAUUCUGUUGCCUCAAGACAAUCUGUAUUCCCAGUCUGUCAACCUGAGUCGAGCUGCACUGUCUUCCCCGCUGAUAAACAUGUCCAAUUCCGUGGAAGAAGCUAAUGCAAGAUUUAUUUCCACCAAACCUCACAUCAAUAUUUUGACCGCACAUACCAGUUUGGUCGCGUCAACGGCCACUCCAAGCUUCGCGGCGCCCACCCUGGCUUACCAGUCGCACGCCUUCGUCUCCAGUCCGUCCUCGAGCACGCUUCAGCAGCCGAGGCCAAGCGUGCACGCAGACGUCAGAACCCGUAACUCUUCUUUGUAUACGAAAAAUAUUUCCCUCAGCCAGCCUGGCUCCUGUGUCGGAUACCCCAUGCUGCACGACUCGGGCGCGAAAAUGAAACCUCAGAAAGUGGUGCCGAUCAUCGGCAAGAACAACUACCUGGACGUCCACGCCUCCCGGAGCACGGCCAACUCCAGGUUCCUUCGGUCCACCGUCGUGCUGUCGGGGAGCCCGUCGCACCCCGGCCGGCACUUCUCCCCGCCCCCGCCGCCCCCCGUGCUGCACCCCCGCCAGCCGCCCCCGCCCCCACCCUCGAACCAGCCGGCGCUCGCCACGGUGUACACCAGCCAGGUGACCCGCAGCCAGAUCGAGCAGUUCCAGCAGCAGAUGUACUCGGACGUGGACUACGUCAUCUACCCCAUGCAGGACCCGGCGAUCAGCAAGCAGGAGUACAUGGACGCCAAGCAGGGCUCUCUGAUCGCCCGCGCGGCGGUGCAGUACCUCCCCCCGCCGUACCCCUCCACCAAGGGACACCUGAUGUACCGCAGCACCCCCAACGUGGCGGCCCUCGGCGGGUACCCCCACCGCCCCGUCUCCUUCUCCCGCGCCGCGACCUCGUCUCCCCUGAAGUACGCGUCCAACCAGAACCUGUCCUGCGACUACGCUCCGUACCGCACGCCCAGUCACCACUCCUCCGCGGGGGCGUCCUACUCCUCGUCGUCCCGGAGCCUGCGCUACGACCAGCUGCCCUUCUCCGUGCAGCUGCUGCCGUGCGCCAGGGCGCGCUCCGACGACAACAUCCUCAACUCGUACGACAGGCCGGCCGCGGAGCGCACCAAGUACCACCGGCUGCCCCCCCCGCCGCCGCCGCCUCCCUACGACCAGCCGGUUGCUACCAGGAAGCCCUCAAACUUUGAAGUUGCAGUUUCUUUGGAGCACACAAAGAAACCAGCAUCUAGCGAGGCCGGCAAUGGUUUGCUGGACAUCCGGAAGCUUCAGGAGAAGAGCAAGAACCUGGACCUCCCCCUCAUUUCCGCCCUCUGCAAUGACCGUUCGUUGCUGAAGCAGACCAACGCGUUCGUGAUGCCCAAACAUCCCCAGGGGAAGCAGAGCGUCGCCGCGGGCGCGAACAGAGGCGAGAGGUCGACGGCCCGGCCGGUCGCCGCGGAAACGAAGCCGGGUUCCGUCGCGGAAGGGAAGCGCGUUCUCUCGCCCGCGAAAACGGGCGAUGUUUCCGCGGCGGAAGCGGGCGCGGGCGUCGCCCAGAAAAGCGGGACGCUGACGUCUCUUCUGGCGACCGGUGGCAAGCGAGGCACGUAUCACGGUGGGGGUGCGAACAGUAAGGUGAAGUAUCCCGUGUCAGGACUGUCGACGACGCAGAUAUCGAAACCUCAGCGGAAGGUGUCCUCCAGCACCCACGUCCACCCGCACCGCGAACUGGGCAAGGUGUCGAAGCGCUCCCACGGCGGCACCAAGUCUAAGGAUGGUGCAGUUCAGUAACGGCUUGACUUUAACCUUCAGUUGCCUGAAAGUAGAUCAAAAAAAUAGAAAAUAACUCGACCGGUUCUGAUCAACUCUACGGAAACACGAAUACUCAUCUUAAGCAGUAGCGUAAAUCGGUUCUUUUCUUUCAGUUGUCAGCAAACAUAAAUAGAAUUUGUCUCUUAUCAGUAUUAAAAUGUAAAUUUAUAGUUUGAAUGGUGUGAUUAUAACAUCAUAGAUAGCAUCUCUUGUGUUUUUGUGUGCGGCUGAAGAGAAAAUGAAAAUGAGCUUUUACUGACAGUUAGUUAUUACUAAGGCAGUCAAAAUGAAAGUAUUAAAAGUUGUUUUUCUUUGUCUCUUGAUUCUUAAAAUAUUAAAUUUGUUAAUUAAUUUUUUUGGCAGUAGAUGAAAUACCGUAUUGGUCCGAAUAUAAGGCGACCAUUUUUACAUAAACGAGAGAUGCAAAUAUUGGAAGUCGCCUUAUUUUCGCACCCAAGACGUCAGAACCGCAAACAUUGGUUCCAAGCUGAAAGCUACAGUAGAAACAUUGUUUAACAAAACGUUCACGAUUUUUUAUAUUAACUAAAACUUUGUUACCUCACACGGUAAAAACAAUAAAUCCACCUAAUAUUGCAGUAAUUUACAAUUGUUUGAAGUUGAAAAUUAAAAUAUUUGUUCUUGAGUAAAAACGUGAAUGUUGAAGCAUCUCAAAAUGGCAACCUUUUAUUUCACAAUUCAUAUUUGUACUUUGUGUACAAUCGCGUGUUAACAUUUACGGUAAUUUAUCUUCAGAUUUUUAACUGAAAUAUUUGUACUAAAAUAUCACAGUUAUUUUCAGAACGAUUGUUUACGUUUACAAACAUUUCGGAUGUAAUGUAUGGAAAUUCACGGCUGCCAACUGUCUUUCCACAAUAUUUCUUUGUUGUAAAACGAACAUUGCCGAACACGCUCGAAGACGCCAUAUUAACAGGAAUUUGGUACGUUGCUUCAAAAGCUAUUUUAAUAAUCCACUCUUUAUUUAUGUAAAAACCUUUCAUAAUUAUAAUAGAUUAUUCUUUCAAAUUCAUAGAACAGACUCUCUCUGUCAGAGAGUAAUAUGGACAAAUAUACGCGGUCACGUAACCGAAGUUAUUCAUGGCCGUAUGCUUCAUCAUGUCAGCUAGCCACUUGUUUUGUUCCGGCAAGAUGCAUUAUUUGUUUGCUUUUUUUACGUUAAACACACUACUAAAUAGUAAUACACCUUGUUCUGUGGUAAUACGUAGCUUAAGUCAAACGGAAAGUUAAAUGCUGUAUUUUAAGAGUGAUUAAUAGCCAUUGUAAAAAUUUUAAAUUCGUAGAUACAGUAAACUGUGAAAAAUCAACAAUCACACAUCGGUGGAACGGCGGGGAACGAGCUCUAGACAAAUAAACAGCUCUGAAGAUGACAAUUAUGCAGCUUCAUUAGAGUAAACACGAAAAAAUUUCUAGUGUAAUAUUUAAAAGUGUAAAUAUUUUCUAAUUGUUUUCUUUUGACUUUUAGGGUAGGCCAUUCAAACUUAUUUUAAAUAAGUAAAGUGAUAAAUAUAAAUUAAUUGUUAUACAUAAAUGCAAAAACGAUUUAUCAACACAAAAUGUAUGUCUAAUGAAUUUUCACAUUAAUUUCUACCAAAAAUUAUUUUUACAUUUGUUUGGCCUCCUGAAACUGCAGGUCGCCUUAUAUUCGGGGUCGCCUUAUAUUCGGGCCAAUACGGUAUAAGGGAAAUACCAUGGCUAGUGUCCUUAGUAUACUAUUAAUCUAAGUUUGAAAUUUUUCAGGUAUUUUUACCUAAAUGUUUUGUUGGUUUAUAAUACAUCUUGUACAAUUUUUUUAUUGCUGUUUUUUAUAAUAUUGACAUAACCUUGCACAAAUACAUCACAUUAAAAACAGGUGUGCAGGAAUUUAUUUAAAUUUUGGGUUAUUUUAGAAAUCUGUUUUCACAUUACUGCUAUGCUACGGAUCCAGAGAGUUUCAACUUAUUUUUGUCUGUGGUUUAUUUAUAUGGCUGGGCGAUUCAACCUUUUCCCCAUUGAUUUCCAUCCAUUUGAAAUCUGUGUAUAUUUAAAAUUAAUUUUGACUCACCAAUACAAGAAACACAUAGGUUUGAUGAUCAUUUAGGUAUUGAUGAAAAAAUUUGCAUAAAUUACUUUUAAAAUUUCUGUACGAUGAAGUUAGGAUAACAAAUGAGUAUAUGUCACAGCAUUUCAACAAAAUAUAAUGCCGGCCUCAGUACACGACAAAGUGGUUACAUGAUUAGAAUCAAUAAGCUAUUCUUAAUAAUCAUAGAAAAAUUCUUAACCGGUUGCAUUACUGGGUAUUUAUUUUCGGUCUUUAUGUAAAAAGUUUGUAAUGCUUGUGUUUUGUAAAUGUUUAAAUUUUAAUCUACAAAAAUAAUUACAAGUUAUUUGUGGACAAGUGGGCCUUAUCAACUUCUCGUCUGGGAUUUUUGGGUCUAUAUUUAUGGCUAAAAGGUAGCUGAAAUGUGUAGUUCAAGUACGUACUUAAUAAAUAAUAUUAUUCAAUAUUUUGGCAUGGUAGGCACCUAAAUCUACAUAAUACUAAGUACCUAAAUAAUGUAACAAUAUGUUUCAUAGUUGUUAUUACCCUUUCAUGCAUCUGGUGCAAGUUAUUGUUUACAAAAAUUAUUUUCUAUUCAGGAAUCAGCUUUCAUGUAUCUUAAUAUUUUUCAUUUUGGGUGCCUUAAAAUGUUAGAACAUAUGGAAUUUCCGAAGGAAAUGUUUAGCAUGUCUAGUUAAGUUUAUGUGCAAAUCAUGUUCAAACAGAAGUUAAAACAUUUUACGUGCAUGUGUGCGUGUGUGUGUUAGUGUGUCUGUAUGUGUGUGCGUACGCACGUAUAAAAUACAUUUGACAGAUCUGUAUUGCUGUUUGUUUGUAAUUUUAACUUCUUGUUUUAACUUGUAGUAGCAUUGGAAUGAAAAAAAAAAAAGUGUUUACUUGGGGUAUUAAGGCUGGUAUUCCAAAACACAAAAAUAAGGGUAAAGUGUUGAAUAUGCUACACCUUACCCUAACUGUAUUCCUAGUCACGAUAGGACUCUGCCAUUUUUAGGGAACGGAUUUUUGUAUCCCUAUCCGUGACUUGCUUGUUGCUCAAAUUCCGCGCAUGCAUAGAGCUUUUUUUUUCCCGCCAGAGAUUGUCCAGAUAGUGGACCCACGCCUGGCACCAUUGAAUCGUAUAUAUUAAAUUUCGUAAACAUAUUGAUGUCCCAAAUGAAACCCAAUGGUAGCGAAACUGGCACGGAAUACAUUUUGUACUCUUUAAUCAUCUUAGAAUGAAACAAUCGAAACUUAAAAAAAGUUCUUCAGAAAAUCAGGACAACACCAUUUAAUUUGUGCGACGGUUGCUGUUAUCUCUAGAAUUUUUGCCAUAACAAGUGUAUCGAUGGUUACAAAAUGUCUGCUGGAAUGCGUUGAAACAUAGCAUUUUAGCCUUGCGCAGGGCACUGUUUAUUAAAUAGAUUGUCAUUUUGAUCCCUUAAGGGGCCUCCCUAGUAGCAUCAGAAGUUAGCGGAACACUAUGUUUUUAAAAUAAUGAUGGGACUUUAUUAAUCGACACUACGAAUCUGAAAAUUUUUCACCCACAAGAAGAUAAUACACGAAUUGUCUGUAUACUUUUACAUUUUUGUUUUUUUCUAUCAAAAUAUGAAAUAAAAAAUCACCAACUUGUCCAACUUUGGGGCCAUUUUAUACUGCUUAGGAGAAUGACAGAAAAAAAGUACAAGUCUAGAAAAAAAGAUAAUUUUUUUCUGAAGAAAUUCAUGUAUUUAAAACAUAUAGUCAUCGCUUUGAAUUCCGAGAUAUCUUUUCCACAAUUUCCGCAAAUCCUGAAAGUUUUCCACCGUCUCGUGCUGCCGCUCGGCGAAGCCAGCUCGCAGGCCACACAGCUCAGGUAGCCGGGUGGAGGAACACGUGGCCGGAGGGGAGGCAGGCUACCAGUGUGUGCGUGCGUGCGUGAGAGGGAGACAACCCACAACCGACACCGGUAAAAGAUAAUCCCGUGACCGAAAGAAAUUCUCAGAAUUGCUUUUAGUGUGCCUCGCCACAGUACCAUGUGCUCGACUUACUCUGUGACUAUAUUCGUGUAUCUCUAAAACAUUGCUUUUGUUUAAACUACAAAUAUCCUAAAGCUUACCAUACUAGAUCAUGUAUUACGAAAUAAAGUAUUGAAACUAAUCAAUCAACACAUUGAAAGUUGUCCUACAAACUAUUUAUUGGUGGCUUUACAGUCUCGCUAGCUAAUUCGACAAAAUUUAUAUUUAAUUUUUAACAUGAAAAUACACUUCAUUGUUUUUCCUUUUAUUUUUAAUAAAAAUUCAAGAAACAAUUAUUAUACCACCCAAUAUUUUUUAAAAUUAUUUUAGUUUUCCAAAAUAAUUUUACACAUCUUACAAUGCCGGGGAAAAAUUUUAUACUAGUAUUAACCAAAUGGUUAACUAUUUACAAAAGUUUUGAUACUUAAAAAUGUAGGUUUUAUAUAAAAUGUAUUUUAAAUUAAAAGAAAAAUCGUAUUUUGAAAACUAAAUGUCAUUUUGCUAUGCUUUAUGGUUAGAUAGAUAUCUGAUUGCCUGCACUGUUUUAAAAAUGUUCAUGGGAUGAUAUAUAAAAAAAUAAAAACUAGGGAAGUUCUAUAUUAAAUAAGCUAGUCAGAAUUAUGUAAAUGUUCCUCCUGGCGCAGGAAUCACGAGGAGGAUUGAAGAUGAGGUCAGUGACCGAUCGCUCACAUAUGUAGUUAUGGAUGGUACGUUAUUAAUUACAAAAUUCAAAAACCAUUUUGAAGUUAAAAAGUAUAAUUAGUGGCAAUGUUUAAUAAAGAUGACGUAAAUUUUCAGAUAAACUUAUUUCUACAGCUCAAUUAAUUAAUAAGGGCAGGAAAUAAUUUUUUUACAGCAAUUAUACAAAAUUAUUAAAAAAAUUUAAACCACAAUUAAUUUAUCCAAAAAUCAAAAUUAAGUAAAUAUUGCCCACACAUUACAACAUCCACGAAAGAACCUUGCAAAUUAUUUUUGUUAUAUGCAUUAUUUUGCAUUCAAGUUCUUUAUUUUUUUAUACUUCACCUACUUAUAAUUGUUACAUAUUUGGCACAUGGUCCGUCACGCCCAAUUAAAGGGCCUGAAUAAGUAGAACACGUUUCUGAUCAAAUUGCACGCCUGUUACUUUACCUGCAACCCGGAGCGGUGUGAAAUAAAUUAUUGUACAUUCGUGACGUUGGCAAACAACUUAAAUAUUUAUGAGUUAAAACCAAACAUAACUAUAACGGAUAAUCAAAGAAAUUUUGAAAUUUUGAAAGCUUGUUCUGUUUUUAUAUAGUACACAAAGCAGUUAAACCAUAAAUUAUUUGUUGUUGAAAAAAAAUAAUCCUUAACCUUUCAUGCUUUUUUUCAUUUAUUUUUAUUACCAGAUAUUUCCGUUUAAGUAAUACUUAUAUAUAUAACAAUAUAGCAAUCUAGAAAAAAAAUUAAGGUAGCCUUAUUCCAAAUAUGUUAUGAUAGACGUUAGUUAACUAAGAAUAUAAAUUCGCUUUACAACCACAGCUUGUACACAAGUAAAAAAAAAACAUGGUUCUACUUACAGGCCGUAUUGAACGUAGGGUAGGUUUAUGACAAAUACAACAGCAAUAAACAUAUGGCUGAGUCUGCUUUCAUGUACACUUUUUUUUUAAGUUAUCACUUUUAAAGCGGGUAAAGGGUACCUAUCAAGUAGCUUAGCAUUACCCAAAGUGAAUGUCGUGCUCCAGAAAAUGUUCGAACUAUGUAAUAUUUGUAUCACUGUUGCGUUACAGACCUGCAACUUUUUUCAGUGCGCGAUGUCACUCUCAUGUAAAAAUAUGUCGUGUUUAGCGCAAAAGUGUUCGAAUGAAUCCACAUCGAGCUGCCAAAGAAUACCUAUCGAUGUCGGCAACAUACAUAAGUAUACAAACCAACGUUUACAAGUGUAUUCAUACGUAAGUAUAAAACUGGCGGCGGGCCAUGAUGCAGUUGGUUCUUCGCGUACAGUCCACUGACGGGAUAAGAAGCGUCAAAGAUCUUAUAUGGCUAUUCUGUAAACUUGUAUGUCAUUUCACUGCCUGCUUUAGACAAACAACAUCCAUUACUUUUAGCUUUGGCUUGAAAAGAAUUACUCCGGCCGGCUUUCUUAUAUUACUUAUUUCAGCUCCUCGUGCGACCAGUGUGUAUACCUAAUUUGUCCGCGGCCUUAUCUUUGGGUGAAAGUUAUUUGUAAGGGAAGUUGUAUCGGUAAUGUUCAUCAUGUAUUACAUAACAAUUCAACUUAGAUACGCACAUGUGUUUUUAAAAUAUAUGUUUAAUAACUUGCAAUACAAAGUAUGUGUUGAAUUUCAUGUAUUGAAUUUUUUUUUACAUUAUGUACGAACAUAAUAAUCACAAUAUUUCAUGAGAAAUUUUUAAAACAUUUUACAAAGUAAUCUCUAAUUUCUUCCACACCUCAUGGUUAACCUUACUAUUUUAUUUCAUGUUUCAGUUGAUUUAAACUGUUUGGAAUCAUAAUAUGACGGACAAUGAAGAAUAUUAGUUUCAGUAAAUUUUAUGAGAGGAUUUACUUAUUACAUUAAAUAUACCUCAAUUUUUACCUCAAAGGAAAAUAGUUGCAUAUAAUUAAAUGAUAAAUAUUUGU